AUGAAAAACUAUCUACUGCUACGCCCUGACAGGCCUGGUCGGGAUUUUGCAGGCAUGCAGAGCCAGAUCGUGUGCCAUGGGUGCAGGAGCGUUCUACUCUACCCCAGAGGGGCCCCCAGCGUGUGCUGCGCCGUGUGCCACGCCGUCACCAGCGCGCCGCCUCCAGGAAUGGAGAUGGCUCAGCUUAUAUGCGUCGGCUGUCGAACUUUAUUGAUGUAUACUCGCAAUGCAACUACUGUCAGAUGCUCAUGUUGUGAUACAGUCAACCUUGCCAGACCAGCACCGCCAGUGAAUAGUAUAGCUCAUGUGAACUGUGGCCAGUGCCAGACGGUGUUAAUGUAUCCAUACGGAGCAUCUUCUGUCAAAUGUGCUAUCUGCAAUUUUAUUACGAACAUCGGAAUGAACACCGUGAGACCUUUGCCACCUACAAUGCAUGCACCAAACGGAAUUUCAUAUAGUGUCCCAUCGACCUCUGCGCCAUCCGCUCAAUCGCAGAAUGUAACGGUGGUCGUCGAAAACCCAAUGACAGUAGAUGACAAGGGAAAAUUGGUGAGCAACGUCGUAGUCGGGGUUACGUCCGGCGGGAAAAAGUAG